AUGGAGACGCCGAACGAUUUGGUGAAAGAAGAGAAGAGACAAGGAGCUUCUGAAAAUCAAGAUUGGUCCAAGCUUUGUCCUGAUCUUUUGCGACCGAUCCUGGAAAGCUUGAGCUCUAUUGAUUUUCAUCGAGCAAAAACCGUUUGUUCAGAUUGGUAUUCCGUUUGGAAAACAUGCAAAGGAUAUGAUUCGAAGUGGAAUCAAAACAGUGGAAGUAUUUUCGAUAUGGCUUAUAAGAACAGCAAGCUUUAUCUGUAUACUUUGGAUCAUCACAUCAAGAUUUAUGAUUUCUCUGGAGAUUCUCCCAAAGAAGAAGGAUUGACAAACCCGUAUUCGAAUCAUCCAUUUCGCUUCGAUGAGAAACCGCAGGAAUACAUUUGGAAGAGGAAAAUAGUGAUUGCAGAAUCAGGAGAGAUGAUGAAUGAGAUGUUGAUCUUUGGUCAUGGGGUUACAAUGAGAGCACAAGUUCAUGAUGUUGGUGAUGGAAUCAAGAGGGAUUCAAUCUGUUUCGUUGAAGAUGAUCUUUGGCCGGAUUUUGAUCGUCCUUCAAAUUGCGGUAUCUUCAAUCUUGCCACAAGUAGAAUAACAUGGCCUAAGAGAUACGGUGUUUACAUAGAUCAAAAACAAUGGUUUCUUCCAGGAUUUGCUUAG